AUGGAAGACGAAAGCUCUAGCAAUAGUCUGCCCCAGCAGACCCCUUGCUUGAGUUAUUGGCAACGGACAACUCGGGCCUUCCCGCAUUUGUUCGCGAAUCAAAACAGCCAAGUCCCUCCACGAGUGAAAUACGUGGUUAUCGGGUCGGGUCUUUCUGGCGCUCUCACAACCUUUGAGCUGCUAGAAGCAGGUGUCAAGGGCGAAGAUGUAAUCAUCUUGGAAGCGCGAGAAGCUGCCAGCGGCGCAACCUCUAGGAAUGCCGGCCAUGUCCGCCCAGAUGCGUUUCGUGGAUUCAAUGCCUACUCAAAGGUUCAUGGACCGGAACAGGCAUUGAAAAUUAUCGCCAAUGAGCGACUUGUCUUAGAAAAAGUGGACGAGUUCGUGAGAAAACACAAUGUGCAAUGUGAUUUCAACUUGACGUCUACCUUUGAUGUCUGCAUGACUCCUGAAUUUGCCAAAUAUGAGGCCGAAAGUCUCGAGGCUUAUAAGCAGGCUGGUGGCGAGACGUCCCAUAUCAAGUACUACGAAGGCGAGGAAGCCAGAGAAAAGACCAGGGUUCACGGAGCAAUUGCGGCUUAUGAGUGGCCUGCAGGAUCUAGUCACCCAGCUAAACUGGUGCAAUUCCUUUUGCAAUCAGCGAUCGAAAGGGGCGUACAGCUAUUCACAUUUUGUCCCGGCACCGCGAUAAAGCAAAACGAAUCCGAGCCGAAGCUAUGGGAUGUGCAUACUCCUCGCGGCACUAUCAUUACUGAAAAGAUCAUCCACUGCACUAAUGCCCAUGCAGCCCUUCUGAUCCCUCAAUUAGAAGCAUAUGUGCAACCGAACCGUGCUCAAGCACAUUCUCUGAUUCCAAACUCGGCAUUUGGAGCUGAGAACGUUCUCCAGAAGACAUUUUCACUCCGUUAUAGUCUCUACCAUUUUUAUUCUUUGAUUCAACGCAAAGGAGAUGGCACGCUCAUUCUAGGCGUCUCAAGAUCGAAUCCUACUUUGAGCCCUGAAACAUUGGCUAGUCGCUUCAGCACUGAUGAUAGACAUUACAAUCAAGAGAUUGCCGAAGACGCGCUGAAUAGCUUCAAGAAGAUAUUCCCUGAUUAUGCAUCGCAGCAUACUGCGCAUGGUGAAGGGCUUGAUCAUUCGUGGACUGGGAUUAUUGCCAUGACGCCCGAUUCUGUUCCAUUUGUUGGUGCUAUUGAAUCACUUCCUGGACAGUAUAUCUGUGCUGGGUUUAAUGGCCAUGGAAUGGCACGCAUAUUCACCAGCGCUCCUGGUAUUGCGAAACUUGUUUUAGGACAUGAUUGGAGCCGAACUGGGCUGCCAGAAUGUUUCCAAUUUAGUCGGGAAAGGUUAUCUCGCCUUGCAGAGGGUGGAUUACCCUCAAUCUGGUAG